CAAAUUUGCGCGGGUUCGGGUUUGUUAUGGGACGUAGCUAUUUUUGCUGCUGCUGCCUGAUAACAUUAUAAAUAACAGGUUUGCUGGAAACAUUCACUUCGCAAAACAGAUACCAUGUCAAAGCGAGAGGCAUUUCUAGAAGCGGCGCGCAAAGAAAAUGUGGAGGAUUUCCUGCAUUUUAUUCAACUUCACAAAGACAAAGCAGAGCCCUUCGAUGUGGAGGAGGUGGUGCAGGAGAUGCCCAGAGACCAGAGGGAGGCUUUGUGGGAAAGAUUGGCUUCCCUCGUUCAAGAUGUCCUGCAGGAGCUUCCUCCUGAGCGCUGGGAGGAGAGACGAGAGCCUGGCAGGGAAGAGGGCAUGGAGGUGGAGUCGGCUCAAGACCCUGUGGGUUUAUCAAAACGUGUCAUAGCUGCUGUGGACAGUGUGACACUUGUGGCGUUAGUGUCUCUGAAGGUUUUGCAAGACGGUGACACCUAUUGUGCCCUCCUGGAAAUUGUCAACAAACUUCAUGUGGUUCUGGUGUCACUGCCUGUCUCAGAGACACCUACAGCGCUGCAGCUCCACAUCCACACAUUGUGUGAGGCCUGGUGGAAGAAGGGGCUGAAAGAGAAAGAAAAGUUUGGUCACACUGCAUUUGUCAUCUCGCUGCAGAAGAGCUUAAUUUUGAAGAGACCGGGUGUGGAAAUCCAAAGAGUCUGGAGUCUCCGUGAUGUGCUCCUGAGUUUGGACUACUCAUCCCAAGAUAACAAGGAAAUAAUCGACUUUUUGCUUCAGUGUUUUCACCAUCCCGUUUACAUCAAGAAUGACGACGGGAAGCGGUUCCUGGUGUUUCUUUUUAGCUGGAAUGUCGACUUCAUCUGGGUUAUUCACGGCACCAUCAAAAACCAGUUGGAAUUUUACAGCAAAGCUUUAACUACUCAUAUCACGGAGAUCUACUUCAGAGCAUGGAAGAAGGCUCGGGGGGACUUUUUGGAACAGAUUGAGAGCACGUGCAUUCAGGACUUUAUGCAGUGUGCCAUCUUCCUUCACAGAUCCUCUCCUGUCCAUACCAAAGUCCGACAGAUUGUAAGCUAUUUCCAUUCAAGGAAGAGCUGCCCCAACGUGGACAAGAUGCUGGAUAAUCUCUACAAGCCCAUUCUCUGGAAAGCUUUAAGUGUUCCCAACUCUGAGGUACGUGCAAAUGCCACUUUGCUCUUCACGGAUGCCUUCCCAGUCCAUGACCCGAGUCAGAGCAAAGAGAUUAUAGACAAGAACAUUCAAAAGCAGCUGGACACAGCAAUGAACCUCCUUGAAGACCCUUACCCCAUUGUACGCUCCAAUGCUGCCCUCGGUGUCUGUAAGAUCUUGGCUAAGUGCUGGGAGCUCAUCCCUCCUACAAUUCUCACAGACUUUCUGAAGAAGCUGGUGACAGAGCUGGCGAAUGACACCAGCUCCCCUGAUGUCCGUUGUUCUGUCUUUAAGAGUCUGACUAUCAUCCUGGACAACGCACUCAGCCAUCCAUUGCUGGAAAAACUCCUACCCACCCUCAAGUACAGCCUUCAUGACAACUCAGAGAAAGUCCGCGCAGCUUUCCUUGACAUGCUUAUCAAAGCCAAGGCAGUACGAGCUGCUAAGUUCUGGGCUGUGUGCCACAUGGACCACCUGCUGGCCCGUCUGGCUACUGAUGGCCCGUCGGUCUCGAAACGAAUCGCCGAACUGCUCUUUAAUUCCUUUUUCCCCGUCAACGAGUCAGAGAAAGAGUGGUGCAGUCGGUGCAUCACCCUCAUCCAGAUGAAUCCUGUGGCUGCCAGGAAGUUCUAUCAGCAUGCAUACAAACACACAGCCCCAACCAACAUCAUAAAGCUGAUGUUGGUCAUCCGCCGCGUCUUGAAUAGCUGUAUUCAGGCUAACUGUGACAUGAGUGAGCUUAACGAUAGCAACAAGGAGAACAGCGCAAUGGCUGAACCUAUAACAUUGGGUAAAGACAUGGCUGUUGUGUCCGGUCUGCUGGAGGUCGUGGUCAUCCUGUGGAGAAGUGUGGAGAAGGCUCUGAAACACAACGAAGAGACCCAGAAAUACAUUUUUGCCAAGUUUGGAAAUGUCAUGUCGAAAUAUUUCCAGGCCUUAGAGGAUGAGCGUUGCACUGUUCCUCUCGUACAGCUGGCCUCAUUUAUGCCCCCGGCUGCAGUCCCAACAUUCAGUUGUGGUGUUUUGUCCAGGCUGAAGAGAAUGGAACCAGGAGCUGUGCAAACACAGUACAGCCAGCUGUUAGACUGCAUUUGUUGCUGGGGUCAAGCUGCUGACGUCCUUGAACUCAUCACUGAAUGGCUCACUGAACCUCUGCCCAAGCAAGGGGAGAAGACUGCAACCAGUAGAAGGGUACGUAUCCAGGAGACUGUAGAGGCCAAACCAGACCUGGCACUGGCUUACCUGGAGUUCCUGUUUAACCACAUCUCAACGCGAGAGAAAAUACUGGCUCUUGGUCAGAAACCACUGAAGCAGCUCCACACAGUUUUAGGUAACUGGAAGUCGGUGCUGUACACUCACCUUAGCUCCACCACAGAAGAUCCUAAAAGUCCCAGUUUGGAGACGGCACUGAAGGCCUUCAUGCUGCACAGCCGCCUCGGUGCACAUCUGCAACAUAGCGUCUCUGAGGGCCGUGACUACCUGCUCUCCCUGGAGCACGUGGCAGCUUGGGUUGCGGAAAGGGUGUUGCCCUUUCUGGCAGAUGAUGGGCAGGAUUCAGAGGAGUCACAGCGACUGCCCGUGCAGAUAAUUGAGAGCUUCCUGGCUGUGUGUCGAGAUGUUUUGCUCGUGGGUUUAGGCGACGAAACGUUCCAGCGUCAAAUCCUUCACUUGUGCUCGCUCGUCCUCGUCUCAGAGGCAGGCUACCUCGGUAUUCCUGCGGUGCUGCCAGUUCUAAAGGAGGUGGCAGGUAGUUACGUACCUGACGACAACGACGCAGAGUCUGAGGAAAACCCAGAGGAUGAAACCACGAUCAUUCUGGGUGUGGUGGCCAACAUCUUUCAGAAGAUUAUAGAACUCUUGGCCCGCCACCUUAAGAAGGAACCAGAAAAGGGGAAACAGCUGUGUCAGUCAGCAGUGUCUGGUCUGAGUGACUUCCUCCAAGUGGCACAAACCUGGGACAGAGCGCCUCUCAGUGGCGUCUUUUCCACUGUUUUUGCAGUCAUGGUUGUGGAGAAGAGAUACCUGUUGCAGAAGAUGACUCAUCCUGAAGAGGUGAUCACACCAGAGUCAGUGGAGGACAUGCCUCCUCUGUCCGGCGUCCUGCUCUCCAUCAUCUUCAAGUCGCCACCUGUUUGCAGGGCGUUUUUGAGAGAGGUCAGAUCCUCUCUGGAGUCUGAGGCCAUCAGCAGUCUUCUUGAAGUGGCUGCUGUCCUGCACAUCUUGACUGUCCUCAAACAUGCUGGAUCUUCUAAAGUGGCCUUGAAGAGCACAGCCACAUGUGUCCAGCAACAGCUUCACACUCAUGCAGUGACGUCUUCAGACAGCACAGGCGUCCAGGGGAUGAUUUUUGAAUCUUCUGUGAGGACCUUGAAUCACAUUCUGGAUCUAUAACUUCCAUCUUAUUAAACAUAUGACCCAAAUCUACAGCAGAGAAAGGGAGUAAAACACCAGCAUUUUUUUUAUUUGUACUGCAAAAAAAAAGGCACAAUAAAUGAUUUAAACUUCAAUAUUGAAAGAAACUAUGGUCAUUACAGACAUUUUUCAUUGGUGCACACAUCAUGUAUGUCUCAAACCUUGUGCACUGAUAAAAUGAAUAGAAAUAAAACUACAUUGCAUCACAUGAAUAAUCUUUCAUGGGUUGAGUGUCGUUCUGUUUUUAUGGCUUCCCUAUCCACUGAUCUGUGCUCUACGUGUGUUUUUUCAACAAUUUCAUACAGAAUAAGUAUAUUUUUUCAUUUAUCUGUGUGUAUUUAUAUAUACAAAUCUGUUUGUCAGCAGUGUAGACUGCAGUGUGAUACCUGUGCGUG